AGAAUGUGUUAAUUUCUCACUGCUGGCGACAACAGUAUGCUUCCAAAGGAGAAAUCUGAAUAUUCUUGGAAAAUAAGCUGUAUGGGAUGGAACAUGAGGCUACCCAGCUAGAAAAGCAGCACGUGCACAGUGUGUAUGAAAAUACAGCUGCCUACUUUAGUGAUCUACAGACCAAAGCAUGGCCUCGUGUUCGGAACUUUCUGCUGGAGCAAAAGCCUGGCAGUCUCGUUGUUGAUAUAGGUUGUGGAACUGGAAAGUAUCUCAGUGUCAACAGUCAAGUGUAUAAUCUAGGCUGCGAUUACUGUGAAGGACUGGUAGAAAUUGCAAGGAAGAAAGGUGAUGAAGUUCUGGUGUGUGACAACCUUAACCUUCCCUUUAGGGAUCAGUGCUUUAAUGCAGUCAUUUCAAUUGGAGUGAUACAUCAUUUCUCAACUAAACAAAGAAGAAUCAAAGCAAUAAAGGAAAUGGCAAGGAUACUGACACCUGGAGGCCAAAUAAUGAUUUAUGUUUGGGCUAUGGAACAAAAGAAUCGUCGCUUUGAGAAACAAGAUGUAUUUGUUCCAUGGAACAAGGCCUUGUGCUCACGCCAUUUUUCAGAAUCAAAUCAAUCUGGAGAUAAGGGUGAGUUUGUCCAUACAGCAAAAGGCCAAGACAUACACCCUGCACAGCUUGUCAUCUCUGGGUGCAGCUACCAAAACAAUCUGCAGCCAGAAACUGAUUCAAAACAUUCCCGCAGUAUGGACCAUUGCUUACCCAGAGCCUGCUGCAUGAAAAUUUCUGAGGAGGAAAACAGGUUUUACAGUGCUCUAGGAAGAUCUUUCCGCUCAUGGUUUUUCUCCAGAUCCCUUGAUGAAGCAGCCCUGAGGAAGCAAAGUGACAAAAUGAAGCACCUGAAACAUGAAGGCGUGUGGGCAAACAGUACCGUACCCAUUCAACAUUCACGACACUGCAGUUUGGAUUUAGGUCACCAUGGGGCACUGUUAAAUGAACCAAGUUUAGAUGAUGAUGAUGAUGUGUUUGUGGAAAGCCUGUCUCUCAAAAAACCACAGUGGUCGCCAGCCACAGAUGCACCGAAGGAUUUAAGUUUAAAUGGAGGACACCAAAGUGUAGUUCAGAGCAAGGGGGACAAAGCUUCAUUCAUAAAUGUCCCAGUGGAAGACAGGGACUGCCUCUGUGGUUGUAACAAAGAUGGUGCUGGUAAGUCUGAUACCAGCAAGUUUUUCAAAAGAACUUCAACAACUGACUCCACUGACUCAGCUUUGGAUUCAGCAGUGUCUGUUGGGGACCAAACUGAUGCCAUGUUGGAUACAAAGGCCUUCAUGCGUUAUUACCAUGUUUUUCGGGAAGGGGAGCUGUGUUCUCUGGUGGAAGAGAAUGUGCCUGAGCUUCAGAUACUUUCUUCCUGCUACGACCAUGGAAACUGGUGCAUUAUUGCAGAGAGAAGAGGAACAUAGCUAUAAAGAGAGCAAAGCAGAAUCCAGUGACUGAGGAUUUUAAGCUCUUCCUUGUGUUACUGUGAUUAUGCAGUGUGACAUGGAAUUGGAAUCUUGUAGUUGUGUGCCAUUCAUUUUUGAGUUAUUAACUCUCAACUAUUUAACUAGCUAAUGCAAGGUCUGUAUAUAGGAAUGCAAGUGGUAGAUAAUAUUUAUGUUUUGCUAAACUUUUAUGAAGUUAAAACUGUAGAGUUUUAUAUUGCUGUUAGCAAAUAAUUGUGUUUUAAAAUAUACUUUUCUAUUGAGAAACAAACCUUUUUAUAAACCAAGGAUCACGGCAUCUUUUAUGAGAAAUAUCCUCUCAGUAGAAAGUCUAGUCUUUGUUCUUCAGAUGCCAGAAGUUUGUCACAUUGCUCCCUAUUCUUGAAGUGCUAUAAAUGAGACAUGGACACUAUGUCUAAAAUUGUACUUGGCUGUACACUGGUAGAGUGCAUGCUGUAGAACUGGGAGCAAGCAUGGUCCCAGUGCUCCUCAGUUGGGAGUAGAGUUAUUAAUGGGCAAAAAACUGUGUACCAAACAAGCUCUACGUGUUCUGUCAUUCGAUGUUUUUAUUUGGGAGCAAAUGACAGCACAGAUUUUGGACAGUAUUUUUUACUUUUGUUUUAAAAAUAAUUUAAUUUGUCUUGCAGGUGCAGGUGAAGUUUUAUGUGUUAGCUCUCACAAAUAUCUUAUCUUAAUUUCCUUUGCUGUAGUUUUCCAUUGGUUACAUGUAUAUAAUAGUCAGAGGGAUUUGUGGGAGUGUGAGUAUUAUGUAAAGUUCUAAAAUAUCAAAUCCUUGAAAUACAUAUAUCUUUUUGAUAAGCCUGGGAAGCUAAGAUUAAAUUAAUAAAAAUCCAGUGCAUA